CACUUCAAACACUUCCCCACGCUGCGGUUGUGGGGAUGUCGCCAGCGGGGUUAUUGUCUUCGGGCAAAGCGGCGAAGUCGCAAUCGCGCUCUGGCUGCUUUAAAAGGCGACCGAGUACGCUGUCGCAGCUUUUGCCAGAUUCCAAGAAAAUCAUUUGAUCAUACACCAGUCACCAUGUCUGCUCCCAAGGGUCCUUUCCGUCUCGUCACCGUCAACACUGCUCCUGAGAGAGCCAAGCGCCUCAUCGGCCGCCUCAUCGAGGCUCUCAAGGACCGCUACACUAUUAUCCACGUGGACAACUGCGAAAAGAUCGAGGAGGUCGAACCCAAGGUCAAGGAGCACAUGCCUGACGUUCUGUUCAGUGCGUCCAUGUGGACUGCCGAGCAGGCUCAGGAGAUCCACUCCAUCGCUCGUUCGAUCAACCCUUCCAUCAAGCUUCACGCCAUCCCCGAAGGCCUCCAGGUCGAGCGUGGCCCCGAUGCCAUUGUCGAAUACCUCAUCGAGAAGGUCCCUCCUUUGUUGGAUGCUUAAUUUGAGAAUCCAAGGAAAACAGCUUGCCAGGUGCAAGAAAGGCUUAGUGCCUAGUGUGGUGGAAUUGACGAUACUCUACGUCCUGUACAUAGUUUACUUCGCGACAAAUGUCGCAAGAUGACGAAGCUACCAAAUAAAGAGCAU